UGUUUGUAACUUGCAUGUGAAACUUAACCCUGAUGCUGCCAGAAUCACAGUAAGGAGAUUAGAGACAAUGAGAUGCAGCAUGCUGCACACAGACAGUGCAGAUGGAAUCCAGGCUUGGAACGCUGGGACAGUCUCAGGAGGCAUUUGGAAGUUUCCACCGUGGAAAGCCAGCCAUCAAUCCCAUUCUCCUUAUAUGAGACCAUCAAUGAUUUCCUUGCAGCUCUUGAAAACCUCAAAAAACAAUUCUCCCACAAUACAACUAGCACCACAGUGGCUCCCAUCACUAGCACAACUCGUCUUUCUCUAAAAACCAGUAUACAUCCAAUACCAAGCACUAGCACGUUGAUAUCUAACAAACACAGCAGUCACUCAACAACAACUAGUAACACCAGACAAACAACCUAUAAACAUAUAUCUUCAACUAAACAUGUGACUCCUCCCUCUACUAGAUUUACUAGACACAUAAGUUCUACAAGUAGGUUGGUUUCUAAUAGUCAUCCCACAUCAGUCAAUAAACAGGUGUCUAUCUCAAGUACACCAUCACUGACUAUCAAACCAGUAAAUAAUAUUCCAUUGAACAAUAAUCCAGUGACUUCAUUUGUUACUGUGGGUAAUAGCUCAUUAUCAACCAGUAAACCAGUUUCUUGGUACAGCGCUUCCGCAAGCAGAUCAUCAACUAUACAACCAAUGCCUUCUUCCACCAAUAGCAUGCGGACAAUGUCUCUUGGAACACUGAACGGUCAGUCAACAAUUAAUACUAAUAUUCUAACAUCAUCAAAAUCAUUUCAGACUAGUACAUCAUCUACAGCUAUGCCAAGUCCAACAAUGAAUGGCAUAACCCAAACCAGUAACAAAACACAAUCCAGUUCUGGGUCCAGUAUACCAACGAGCACGUCCGUUUCCACUCCUGAAAGUUUCACAGUUAUAUCAGGCGUUUCUGGAUUACCAACCAUGUCCAGGAUUUUCUUACCUGUGGCUUGUCUCUUCAUCGCAAUAUGGUGAAUUCAGUUUUGAUUGAGCUAUGGAAAAAUAUGGUGGCCUGAAUUACUACAGUCUUGGAAGGUCCUUACCGGAGAACCCUCUCAGUCAGCACCAUCUGAUGUCUUCCUUUCCUGUGUGUGCAGCUGCAUUUAUUCCUGCAGCACAGAAGUGACUGAAUCCUUCUGUAUACCUGUUGUGGUGAUGAGACACCUUGUGGUCAUUAUAUGUACUGCAGUGUAUUUCAAGGGAAUGCAACUUUUAUGUUUCUGUCAUACAGGGACACUGCAAGGUAGAUGUGUGUGUGACUUAAAUUGUGUCAGGAUUCAAGUAUAAAAUAAUUCAAAUGAUAA